CGUUCGUGUGGGAGUGGGAGGAGCUUAAACUUAACCCUUAUGCACAUGUUUACUAUACUGGGGAGUUGCUGCUGGUGAGUGAUUGACACCAAACUGCAGUAUCAGGAGGAUGUUUGCAAAUGCUUACAUUUGCAUUGUUGGGAUUGAUCCUAUGGAUUAUUUUUCACCUGCGGAGGAUUAAUAGUAGCUCAGUGGCGAUGCCCGAGAAAGGAGAGGAAUCUCCGUCAGGCGACAGCCCCUCUGGACUUCAGGAGGGUGUGCCUGUUGCACACUCUUCUCAUCCAGGCCAACCGUGUGUAUCGACACAGCCUGAGGGGAACAACGUGAAAGUGCAACAGCAGCAGCACAAGCAGCCCCUCACCAAUCAAAACCCUUCUACAAGCAAUGUGCCAAUGCUCAGAUCCAGGCCCGGGACGAGAGAGCGUCUCAAGUUUAUACUGGGAGCAUCAGAAGACAAUUCUUCAGACGAGGAGCCGUUGGCAGCUAAACCGCCGAGUGGCGCUUCGCAGCCCACAACUGCCUCUGCAGCCAAAUCGUCUCAUCUUCAGACAUCCCAUGAAGCGCCACCGCCCAGCUCUUCAGGCAUCAAGCCCAGCAUGUCUGGUCUUCACUUGGUGAAAAGAGGACGCGAACACCGAAAGAUGGAUCUUCAUCGAGACUUCACUGUGGCCUCUCCUGCCGAGUUUGUCACCCGCUUUGGUGGAAAUCGUGUCAUUGAAAAAGUGCUGAUUGCCAACAACGGCAUCGCUGCAGUCAAAUGCAUGCGCUCCAUUCGACGUUGGUCCUACGAGAUGUUUCGAAAUGAGAAGGCCAUCCGCUUUGUGGUCAUGGUCACCCCUGAAGACUUGAAAGCUAACGCAGAAUACAUCAAAAUGGCAGACCACUAUGUUCCUGUUCCUGGUGGGCCAAACAACAACAACUAUGCCAAUGUGGAGUUGAUAGUGGACAUUGCUAAACGAAUUCCAGUACAGGCAGUUUGGGCCGGCUGGGGUCACGCCUCGGAAAAUCCCAAACUACCAGAGUUGUUGAACAAAGCAGGCAUUUCAUUCUUGGGGCCAUCCAGCAAGGCUAUGUGGGCUCUUGGAGAUAAGGUGGCUUCCUCAAUUGUGGCCCAGAGUGCAGACAUUCCUACACUGCCGUGGAGCGGAUCAGGUCUGAAAGUAGACUGGAAGGAGGCUGACCAAAUUUCCAGCAAUGUAAUCAGUGUUCCUCCUGAAGUCUACAUACAAGGCUGUGUUGCAGAUGUAGAUGAUGGUCUGGCGGGCGCUGAGAGAAUUGGUUAUCCUGUUAUCAUCAAAGCUUCAGAGGGCGGAGGCGGGAAAGGUAUCCGGAAAGUCGAAUGUGCUGAUGACUUUCCAAGCUCAUUUAGACAGGUUCAGACAGAAGUACCCGGCUCGCCCAUUUUCAUCAUGCAGCUGGCCCAGCACGCAAGGCACCUCGAGGUUCAGAUACUGGCUGACGAGUAUGGAAACGCCAUCUCUCUGUUUGGUCGAGACUGCUCCAUCCAAAGAAGGCACCAGAAGAUCAUAGAGGAAGCCCCUGCAACCAUUGCUGCGCCCUCCACGUUUGAGCAGAUGGAACAGUAUGCUGUUCGAUUAGCCAAGAUGGUUGGCUAUGUCAGUGCUGGAACAGUGGAAUAUCUUUUCUCGGAGGAUGGAAGUUUCCAUUUUUUGGAGCUAAACCCUCGUCUGCAGGUAGAACAUCCCUGUACAGAGAUGUUUGCUGAUGUUAACCUUCCAGCUGCCCAACUUCAGAUCGCCAUGGGCAUCCCCCUUCACAGAAUUAAAGACAUUCGUUUGCUUUAUGGAGAAAGCGCAUGGGGUGACAACACGAUCAACUUUGAGACUCCAGAAUGCCCACCAAAUCCAAGAGGGCACGUCAUAGCAGCCCGAAUCACCAGUGAAAACCCUGACGAGGGGUUCAAACCCAGCUCAGGCACCGUGCAAGAGCUGAACUUCCGCAGCAGCAAAAACGUCUGGGGUUACUUUAGUGUCGGAGCAACCGGGGGUCUGCAUGAAUUUGCUGACUCACAGUUCGGACACUGUUUCUCUUGGGGGGAGAACCGAGAAGAGGCCAUUUCGAACAUGGUGGUGGCAAUGAAGGAGCUGUCAAUCAGAGGGGAUUUCAGGACCACCGUCGAAUACCUCAUCAAGUUACUAGAAACGGAGAGUUUCCGAAACAAUGACAUAGACACGAGCUGGCUGGAUCAUCUCAUAGCAGAAAAAGUGCAGGCAGAAAGACCAGACACCAUGUUGGGCAUCGUUUGUGGGGCUUUGCAUGUUGCUGAUGCAAGCUUCAGAAAGAGCAUGUCUGACUUUCUUCACUCACUAGAAAGAGGCCAGGUUCUGCCUGCAGCCAGCCUCCUCAACUCUCUCAGUGUAGAUCUCAUUUAUGAAGGAGUCAAAUUCUGUUUAAAGGUCGCUCGCCAGUCGCCGACAACGUAUGUCAUCAUAAUGAAUGGCUCCAACAUUGAAAUAGAUGUCCAUCGGCUCAGUGAUGGCGGACUUUUGCUCUCCUAUGAUGGCAGCAGCCAUACAACCUAUAUGAAAGAGGAGGUGGACAGCUACCGCAUCACUGUUGGCAACAAGACUUGUGUGUUUGAUAAAGAAAAAGAUCCUUCUAUGCUGAGAUCGCCCUCUGCUGGUAAACUACUGCAGUACAUUGUUGAUGACGGAGCUCACAUUUGCGCAGGAGAGGCCUAUGCGGAGAUUGAGGUGAUGAAGAUGGUGAUGACUCUGACUGUGCAGCAAGCAGGGCAUGUACAUUUUGUCAAGCGGCCCGGAGCGGUUUUGGAGUCGGGCUGUGUGAUGGCACAUAUGAGCUUGGAUGACCCUAGCAGUAUACAUCGGGUGGAGCUCAAUACAGCCUCUCUACCACCUCAGCACCCGUUGCCCAUAGUUGGGGAAAGGCUCCACCAGGUGUUCCACAGCAUCCUUGAAAAUCUAGUCAAAGUAAUGGAUGGCUAUUGCCUAGAAGAGCCCUACUUUAGCACCAAGUUGAAACAAUGGGUAGCAACCCUCAUGAAGACUCUGAGGGACCCCUCUCUGCCACUUUUGGAGCUGCAGGAGAUCAUGACUAGCGUGGCGGGCCGGAUCCCACCCAGCGUUGAGAAAGAUAUCCGUAAAGUCAUGGCCCAAUAUGCCAGCAACAUCACCUCCGUCUUGUGCCAGUUUCCAAGCCAAAGGAUUGCAAACGUUCUCGACAGCCAUGCGGCCACUCUGCAGAGGAAGGCUGAUCGAGAGGUGUUCUUUAUUAACACUCAGAGUAUCGUUCAGCUGGUACAGAGGUAUCGCAGUGGAAUACGUGGUUACAUGAAGUCUGUGGUUCUGGAUCUUUUGAAGCGAUACCUUCAAGUAGAGAUGCAGUUUCAACAAGCUCAUUACGACAAGUGCGUCAUCAACUUGAGAGAACAGUACAAGCCCGACAUGAGUCCUGUACUGGAAUACAUCUUUUCUCACGCCCAGGUCUUCAAGAAGAACAUCCUGGUCACGAUGCUCAUCGAUCAACUGUGCGGGAGGGAUCCAACUCUGGCAGAUGAGCUGAUGGCGAUUCUCAAUGAGCUCACUCAGCUCAGUAAGAUGGAGAACUCAAAGGUCGCCUUAAGAGCCAGACAGGUGCUGAUUGCCUCUCAUUUACCAUCGUAUGAACUGAGACACAACCAAGUGGAAUCCAUCUUCCUCUCUGCCAUUGACAUGUAUGGCCAUCAAUUUUGCCCUGAAAACCUCAAGAAACUCAUCCUCUCCGAGACCUCCAUUUUUGACGUGUUGCCCAAUUUCUUCUACCACGCCAAUCAAGUCGUCUGCAUGGCUGCGCUGGAGGUGUACGUGCGUCGGGCUUACAUCGCUUACGAGCUCAACAGUAUCCAGCAUCACCAGCUGCGGGAUGGAACGUGCGCUGUAGAUUUCCAGUUCAUGCUGCCGUCAUCACAUCCCAACAGAGGGAGCAGCCCUACUCUGAACAGGGUUCCUGUCCCACUGAAUGCCUCGGGCCAGUUAAAAAUGCGACGGCAGAGCAGUGAUCUCUUCCUGGAGGGAGCUUUGUCUCCACCUUGUCAACGCAUGGGCGCUAUGGUAGCGUUCCAGUGUUUUGACGAUUUCAAAAGGAACUUUGAUGAAGUUCUCUCCAGUUUUGCAGAGCCUCUCUCGGAGAACCAGCCGUUUUUAGAAUCCUGCUCCAGUCUUUUUGAAGAUGAGAAUUCUAAGAACACCAGGGAGAAUCCAAUCCACAUCAUUAAUGUCUCAAUAAAAAGAGCUGACACUGAGGAUGAUGACGACUUAGUUUCUGCCUUCACUUCUUUUGCCCAGUCAAAGAGAUCAUCCCUCUUUGAAUACGGCAUCAGAAGAAUCACAUUUUUGGUUGCACAGAAGAGAGAGUUCCCCAAGUUCUUUACUUUCAGAGCACGAGAUGGGUUCCAGGAAGAUCGGAUCUACCGAAAUCUGGAGCCAGCUUUAGCGUUUCAGCUGGAACUGAACCGCAUGAGGAAUUUUGACUUGACUGCCGUUCCCUGUGCCAACCACAAAAUGCACCUCUACUUGGGAGCCGCUCGUGUUCAGGAGGGUGCCGAAGUUACAGAUUACAGAUUCUUCAUCCGAGCUAUUAUUCGCCACUCUGAUCUGAUAACAAAGGAAGCGUCUUUUGAGUAUCUUCAGAAUGAGGGAGAACGACUUUUGCUGGAGGCCAUGGAUGAGUUGGAGGUGGCUUUCAGUAACACAACCGUUCGUACCGACUGCAACCACAUCUUCCUCAACUUUGUCCCCACCGUCAUUAUGGACCCAUCGAAAAUCGAGGAGUCGGUCCGUUCCAUGGUGAUGCGCUACGGAAGCCGACUUUGGAAGCUGCGUGUCCUGCAAGCUGAGUUGAAAAUCAACAUUCGCCUGACUCCCACUGGGCCCGCCAUCCCUAUUCGUCUUUUUUUGACAAACGAGUCUGGCUAUUACUUGGACAUCAGUCUGUAUAAGGAAGUUACUGACCCAGGUUCUGGACAGAUUAUGUUCCAGUCUUAUGGAGACAAACAAGGACCUCUACAAGGCAUGUUGAUCAACACUCCUUAUGUUACCAAAGACUUGCUGCAGGCCAAACGUUUCCAGGCUCAAACUCUGGGCACAACAUACGUCUAUGACUUCCCGGAGAUGUUCAAGCAGGCACUAUUUAAGCAGUGGGGUCCAGGAGACAAAUAUCCAAAAGAUAUGCUAAUGUGCACUGAGCUGGUUCUGGACCCAGAAGGUCGUCUGGUGCAACUCAACCGCCUGCCUGGAGACAAUGAUGUGGGAAUAGUUGCUUUCAAGAUGAAGAUGAAGACGCCAGAAUAUCCAGAAGGUCGAGACAUCGUCGUCAUCUGUAACGACAUCACCCACAUGAUCGGGUCGUUUGGACCUCAGGAAGAUGAGCUGUUCCUCAGGGCCUCGGAGUUGGCAAGAGCUGAGGGAAUCCCUCGUAUUUAUAUUGCCGCCAACAGUGGAGCGCGCAUUGGUCUCGCUGAGGAGAUCAGACACAUGUUCCAAGUAGCCUGGACAGACCCCUCCGACCCCUACAAGGGCUUUAAAUAUCUUUACCUGACACCACAUGACUAUACACGCAUCAGUGCCACCAAUUCUGUGCACUGCCACCAUGUGGAAGAAGGAGGGGAGUCAAGGUACAUCCUCACUGACAUCAUUGGGAAGGAUGAAGGUCUUGGGGUUGAGAACCUGCGAGGUUCAGGCACCAUUGCCGGAGAAUCCGCUCAGGCCUAUGACGAAAUCAUUACAAUCAGUAUGGUGACCUGCCGCGCCAUUGGAAUCGGGGCAUAUUUGGUACGUUUGGGCCAGAGGGUGAUCCAGGUGGAGAACUCUCACAUUAUCCUGACCGGAGCAAGUGCGCUCAACAAGGUUCUGGGCAGAGAGGUCUACGCCUCCAACAACCAGCUGGGCGGCAUCCAGAUCAUGCACAACAAUGGCGUCACACACACUACUGUGCCAGAUGAUUUUGAGGGCGUUGUCACCAUCCUCCAGUGGCUCUCCUACAUGCCGAAGAACAACAACUCGUCCGUGCCCGUUGUACCAACCACAGAUCCUGUUGAUAGAGAGAUUGACUUCACUCCCACAAAAGCACCAUAUGACCCCCGAUGGAUGCUGGUCGGGAGACCCCACCCUACAGUGAGAGGUGCAUGGCAGAGUGGAUUCUUCGAUCAUGGCUCUUUCAUGGAGAUCAUGGGCUCCUGGGCUCAGACUGUCGUAGUGGGCAGAGCACGGUUAGGAGGGAUCCCCCUUGGUGUCAUUGCUGUGGAAACACGCACUGUUGAGUUAACUGUACCGGCUGAUCCGGCCAACUUGGAUUCAGAAUCCAAAGUUCUGCAACAGGCAGGUCAAGUGUGGUUUCCCGAUUCAGCCUUUAAAACAGCUCAGGCCAUUUGUGACUUCAACCGGGAGCGUCUGCCUCUCAUGGUGUUUGCCAACUGGAGAGGCUUCUCCGGUGGAAUGAAAGAUAUGUAUGACCAGAUAUUAAAGUUUGGGGCUUACAUCGUGGAUGCCCUUCAUGGCUUCCAUCAGCCUGUGCUGGUGUACAUUCCACCACAUGCCGAAUUGAGAGGAGGCUCCUGGGUUGUCAUUGACCCCACCAUUAACCCUCUGUGCAUGGAGCUAUAUGCUGACAGAGAGAGCAGAGGUGGCGUGCUGGAAGCUGAAGGCACAGUGGAGAUCAAAUUCAAGAAAAAGGAUCUGCUGAAAACCAUGCGAAGACUGGACUCCGUCUAUGCUGGUCUGGUUGAGAAGCUUGCGUCUCUAGAUCUGCCCGAGAAGCAAUGCAGAGACUUGGAAGCAAAGCUCAAGGCAAGAGAAGAAUUCCUGUUGCCCAUUUACCACCAGGUGGCAGUGCAGUUUGUGGAUCUUCACGAUACUCCUGGCAGGAUGCAGGAGAAAGGGGUCAUCAAUGAUAUUUUAGAUUGGAAGAAUGCACGGCCUUUCUUCUACUGGCGUCUGCGGCGUCUCCUGUCGGAGCAGGAGGUAAAGUACGAGAUUCUCCAGGCCAACAAAGACCUCAGUGACGGACACAUGCAGUCCAUGCUGCGCCGCUGGUUUGUCGAAACCGAGGGAACUGUCAAGGCAUACCUGUGGGAUAAUAACCAAGCAGUAGUCGAAUGGCUUGAAAAGCACUGGUCCAAAGAGGAUGGCACUCGAUCUGCCAUCCGGGAGAAUAUUAAGUACCUAAAAAGGGAAAACGCCUUGAAACAUAUCCGCAGUCUGGUUGAGUCCAACCCUGACGUCGCCAUGGACUGCAUCAUCCACAUGAGCCAGAAUAUUACUGCAUCACAGAGGGCCAAGCUUUCUCAUCUGCUUGCUACCAUGGACAACAGCAACACCAACUGAACUGCGGGACCUUUUUAAGGCUUGUAUUAUUGUAAAAUGGGAACUAAGUGCUUCCAGUUACACUCGCACUUUUAAGAGUGCAAUUUAGGGAAUUGGAUUUAUGAACCUAUUUUUUUGAAAUAGUCUUGAAGUCCACUUCUUUAAAAUACCAUAACGUGACUUGUCAAUUUAAUAAUCUUGCAAGGACAUUUCAGUUGGAUAUCCAAAGACCAUUUCAGUCUAGAAUUUCACGUUUGGUUGACAAACUGCUGCUUUUCUACAUGCAUCAUACCACUGUUACUUUUGCAGCUUACACAGAGCUUUGUAUUUAUAUUUGAGGUAGGUGCUGUCGUACAAAGCAGUCAUUUGCUGAUAAUCGUGUAAACAUUCAUGUCGGAAUGCGUAGUGCUAAUCUAGCAAAAUAAGUAUUUUAGUAUAUGUAGUACAAGGGUCCUAAUCAUUUUCAUUGAUUUGUAAUUCUACAAAUCCAACAUGACUUUGAAUGUUUUUUU